AUGUCCGCGAAUUUCCACUUCUUCCCCCUGCUGCCAGCCGAGAUUCGCGUCUAUAUAUGGAAUCUCUCUUUUCCCACCAACCGUGUCAUUCGCAUAACCUGUGAUCGGGGCAUUAAACCAACUUCCCGACGCUACGCCCGCGGCUUCCGCGUCAACCAUCCCAAUCCUGCACAGCUCAUGGUCAACCGGGAAGCCCGCGAGGAAACCCUACGGGUGUUUGGCCCCUACUUCCGUACGGAAGAAUCGCCGCAUGCCUGCAUUUACCUUGCCCCCGAGCGGGACACGGUGCAUCUGGCGGAAGCGGUGCUAGCUUAUCUUGGUGAGAUCGAGCGCAAUGCUCUUCAACGCAUGAUCAUCGAGGUUCAUGAUUUUGUAAUGUUUGAGACGUACGGAAUGGGGGAUUUGGGGUGCAUGCAGGCAUUGAAGGAGGUGGACUUGAUUGUGUCGCGGACACCGGUGGCUGUGUACUUCAAGCAUGAUCCUGUUGAGGUGCUUAGAGAUGCCUUUGAGGAGUAUGCAAGGAAUCAGCCACAGUGGCAGAUACCUCAGGUCAGGGUGCUGGCUGCUUCGGGGAAGCAGAUGGGCAGUUUUACAAUUGAUCUUUCGGAAGUUGGUACGCCAUGA